CUCUUUCCACUCAACCCGACCCCACGAUGUCGACGAGCAGCCUCUACGAGCUCCUCGGCGUCCAGGCCGACGCCGACGCCGCCGCCAUCAAGCGGGCGUACCUCAAGGCCGCGCGCGACACGCACCCCGACAAGAAUGGCGGGGACGAGGCGGCGACCGAGCGCUUCCAGCAGGUCGGCCGCGCGUACGCCGUCCUCUCCGACGCCGAGAAGCGCAAGCUGUAUGACGAGACGGGGAUGGUCGACGACGGCAGCGGCGGCGGCGGCGACGCCUCUUACUGGCGCGAGGCGUUCGAGCGGGUGAGCCUCGAGAAGCUGGACGCGCUGGCGGCGAGCUACCGCCACACCGAGGAGGAGGCCGCCGACCUCCGCGCCCACUACAUCGCCGCCAAGGGAGACAUGGGCAAGGUGAUGGACGCGAUGAUGUUCUCGACCGCCGACGACGAGCCGCGCUUUCGCGAGACACUGCGGGGGCUGGUCGAUGCGGGCGAGCUGCGGAUGUACCGCCAGUUUGAGGGCGAGAAGGACAGCAAGCGGCUCCAGCGCGAGCGGCGCGCGGCGAAGGAGGCGGCGGAGGCCGAGGCGGCGGCGGCAGAGCUCGGCCUGAGCGGCGGCGGCGACGACGCGCUCAAGAGUGCGCUGAUGGCGCGUGGCGCGGCGAGGCAGAGCGAGUUUGGCUCGAUGCUGCAGUCGCUGGAGGAGCGGUAUGGCGGCGCGGGAGGCGGCAAGGCGGGCAAGGCGCCAAAGGGCGGCAAGAGCGGCAAACAGCGGGGUGGCUCCGCCUUGCCCGAUGACCCGCUGAGCGACGAAGCCUUCGCCGCGGCGCAGCAGCGAGUGCAAAAGCGCGGCAGGGCGGGACGCUAGUCGCUCUGGGUGAAUGCCGCGCCACGGCGCACAGCAGACUGGCCGGGCCGUGGCGGGUUGACUUGUACCUGUGUUGAGCGUCGAGGCGCGUUCGUAUGGCCGCUCACCCCUUAUACCGUCGGCCACCGCGCGCCGCACGGCACCGGCCCACCGCGCGCGCCCCCGCACCGUGAGACCGUCCCCCGUCCGCCCGCGCACAGAGGUCCAGAGCCGCACACACGAAAUAAGAUGCGUUAUGCACCGUGAUGGCAUAUCUUUG